AUGGGAUCAAUCACCGCACAACAGCUAAUCGAAUUUGUUCUCUGUAUAUUUUUGCCGCCAUUGGCGAUAUUUAUCCAUGACAGUGAGCUGAACAUUCAUGUGCUAAUCACAUUUGUACUGAUAUUCUUCUUCUGGCUUCCUGCAGUCAUCUAUGGGUUAUGGUACUGCUUCUUCCGUGCUUAA